ACUGUAUUGACAUUGCAUUAGACGUCUAACACGUGUCCACCACUUUCACCACCAAUUGUCUCAUAAUUAUCACCUAAUUAUCACCGAAAAAGUCCAUCACAUCCGCGGCCAACAUGGAUGGGCCCAAGAGUACGGCUAAACUCCGCUUCUUCCGGGACAUGGAGUCGAAAAUGCAGACCAAAUGGCAGACCGAGAAGACCUACGAAGUCGAUGCCCCCAACGGACACAAGAAGUCCAACGACGAGAAGUUUUUGGGUACCUUUCCCUUCCCGUACCCCAACGGACGCAUACACAUCGGGCACACCUUCUCGCUGUCCAAACUCGAGUUCAUCGUCGGCUUCUGGCGGCUGAAGGGCCGGCGCUGUCUAUUGCCGUUUGGUUUCCAUCUGACGGGAACGCCUAUCAAGGCCUGCGCCGACAAACUGAGCCGCGAGAUGAAGGACUUCGGGUUUCCGCCGCAGUUUCCCGACGACAGC